CUCUGAGCUCGAGCUUCUCUUCCCCCUCUCUUUGCCUUCACGAGCUCUCCUCCCGAAACCUGCGCGAGGCAGCCACUGAAGCGCGAGCCGAUUCCCCCUCUCCCCGUCACUCCAGUCAACAUGGCUACAGUUGUAACCUCGACCAGAUUCACAGACGAAUAUCAGCUGUACGAGGAACUCGGAAAGGGUGCCUUCUCCAUCGUUCGCCGAUGCGUCAAGAAGUCCACCGGCCAGGAGUAUGCUGCUAAAAUUAUUAACACAAAAAAGCUCUCAGCCAGAGAUCACCAGAAACUGGAGCGGGAGGCAAGAAUCUGUCGUCUGCUGAAACAUCCAAACAUAGUACGACUCCAUGACAGCAUUUCAGAGGAAGGCUUCCAUUACCUUGUCUUUGACCUUGUUACUGGAGGGGAGCUGUUUGAGGACAUUGUUGCUAGAGAGUAUUACAGCGAGGCAGAUGCCAGUCACUGCAUCAAUCAGAUCCUGGAGAGUGUCAGUCACAUCCACCAGCAUGACAUUGUGCACAGGGACCUGAAGCCUGAGAACCUCCUCCUGGCUAGUAAGAUGAAGGGAGCAGCAGUGAAGCUGGCAGACUUUGGUCUAGCCAUCGAGGUGCAGGGGGACCAACAGGCAUGGUUUGGUUUUGCAGGAACUCCUGGUUAUCUGUCCCCGGAGGUGUUAAGAAAGGACCCGUAUGGCAAGCCAGUGGACAUAUGGGCAUGUGGUGUAAUCCUGUACAUCUUGCUGGUGGGCUACCCUCCCUUUUGGGAUGAGGACCAACACAAACUGUACCAACAAAUCAAGGCUGGUGCUUAUGAUUUUCCUUCUCCCGAGUGGGACACUGUGACUCCCGAGGCCAAGAAUCUGAUCAAUCAGAUGUUAACAAUUAACCCUGCCAAAAGGAUCACUGCCGACCAGGCCCUCAAGCAUCCCUGGGUCUGCCAACGCUCUACUGUGGCCUCCAUGAUGCACCGUCAAGAGACUGUAGAGUGUCUGCGCAAGUUCAACGCCAGGAGGAAACUUAAAGGAGCUAUCCUCACAACGAUGCUGGUGUCCAGGAACUUUUCAGUGGGACGGCAGCAUACCAGCCCUGCCGCUACCACCAGCACAGCCGCAAUGGCACAGGAAGCAUGCAAAACCUUACUAAACAAAAAGUCGGACGGCGUGAAGUCGCAGGGAAACAACAGUAAAAACAGUGUAGUAAGCAGCAGCAGCACCAAAGACAGCAGCAUGUCAUCUUCAGCACCAAUGGAAGCCCAGACAACUGUUGUACACAACCCAGCUGACGGCACCAAGGGCUCCACAGAGAGCUGUAAUAACACAGAAGAGGAGGAGAUGAAAGGUAGGAAAGUGGCUGCCCGUGAGUCUACUAGUACAGACAGUGCAGUGAUAAGCCAGUGCAGCACUAUUGAGGAGCAGAUCCAGACGCUGUCUCCUCACUGUCUACCACCAUCCUCUCGUAAACAGGAGAUAAUAAAAAUGACAGAGCAGCUGAUUGAAGCCAUCAACAAUGGCGAUUUCGAGGCUUACACGAGAAUCUGUGACCCUGGACUGACUUCUUUUGAGCCAGAGGCUCUUGGAAACCUGGUGGAGGGCAUGGACUUCCACAAGUUCUACUUUGAGAACUUGCUGAGUAAAAACAGCAAGCCAGUGCACACCACCAUCCUCAACCCCCACGUCCAUCUGAUCGGCGAGGAGGCCGCCUGCAUCGCCUACAUCCGCCUGACGCAGUACAUGGACAGCCAGGGCCGGCCGCGCUCCUGCCAGUCAGAGGAGACGCGUGUAUGGCAUCGCCGCGAUGCUAAGUGGCUCAAUGUGCACUUCCACUGCUCAGGGGCACCAGCUGCACCCUUGCAGUGAACUGACAACCCAGGCCCAGGUAAGCUUUGCCUGAACUCUAAAGCUGUUUGGAGCAUUUAAUCUCCAUGGUCGGAUUGGUGCCUGGAUCCUGGCCAGGAAAGAGUCUGCUUGGAAAGUUAUGAAAACACAAAAGUGGGGGAAAUUAUACAUUAUAAAUUUAAAAAAACAAAACAAGAAAAAAACACAACCAUAUUUCAAAUGCUUGACUGAAUGACCGACCAACACCAAUCCAGUCCAACCCUAGCUAGAUGAGGUUGGGGCCUGCCUGAUGUCACCCCUUCUUGCAGAUGGUGCAUGCUUCUGGUGGAGACACGGGGGUGACGCUGUCCUGGUCCUUUUCUCCCAUGGCCUUUAUUUCCCUUUGUGUGUUUUGUCUGCUGUCUCCAAAAGUAUUAACAUGUUAAAAAAAAAUAAAAAAUGAGAUUUUAUAUAUAUAUAUAUAUAUAUAUAUAUAUAAAUAAAUAAAAUGAGGGAAAAUGUGAUUAUUUUUUGUUUUGUCUUCAGAGCAGCAGAACAUCUACUUUAGUAGAAGUUUUGUUUUUGUCAGUUAUAUGAGUGGGGUGUAUGGGAAUGUGAGCAACUAAUAUUUACUUAAUAUCAGAAUUUAACACCCAUUUUAUGUGUUGGGUUCAAACAUCUGUACACAAUCUUUUAACAGCAAAGGGACCUUUUUAUUUUUAUUGUCUUUUUGUAUUGUGUUAAGCUGUUUUUAUCUCCUGAAUAAUGUAUUUUAAAGUAUUGUGUUGAAAAAUUAUACUUUUUAAUAAAAAGGUGGAUUUUAUUUAAUAGGAUUGUGUAUAAAUAGAUAUUUAUGUAGGAGAAAAUUAUUUAGGUGUAGGGAGGGGAGUUGAGCAUGAGUGGGUGUUGUGUUAUUUCAGAUUUAAGGUCCGGAGGUGUAAACACAUACACACUCAAGGUCCAUUUAUUCAGUCUUUAGGGCUGAAUCUCUUUCUCUCUUGAGCUUUAGACACAACAUCCAGGCCAGCUCAUCCUGAAGUUGCAGAAGGCCUCCAUCUGCCUGCCCUGCAGUGUUUUGAGUCACACUAAGAGGCACCAUCAGUCAAUGUCUAAAGCUCCUCGCAUCUCUGAAUUACCUAAUCUGAAAGCACGGACUCACACUCACAGCAACUUUUUAAAUUGUCUUAUAUCCGUUUGUGUAUUUUUUGAUGUGAAGCAUGAAUUAUUUGAACUAUUUAAUGGCCUGUACUGUUUUUGCACAGACACUUAAGACUUGAUGCUGUUGUGCUCGCUCUUCUGAGGGAGUGAACCUUUCUGCAACUUCAGGUUACGCUCGCCAAAAUCCUUUCCUUUCACCCUACCUCGGCCGCCCUACUUCCAUCAUUCCUGCCUCUUACACUCUCCACAUUCGUUACUGUUGUGACCUUCACUAACCAGCCCCAUUAAUGUCUUAGUAGCACCAUGCCGUGUGGUGAUGAUGAUGAUGUCACCCUAUUGCCUGUCUCUUGUUCUGAUUGUGUUCUUAAAAAGUUUGUAUGUUGUCCGUCUUGGCUUGCUGUACUUCUAUGUGAAGUCCUGGCACUAUAAAAAGCAUGUUAAAAGGGAAUGCAGCCGUGGGAUUGGACAAGACAAAGACAUGAUUAGACGAGGGCUACGCUUGCUUGAAGGCUGUGGGACCUUUGCUGAAGGCAAUCAAUGGAUUUGUCCCUUUUGUCACAGUUGUAAAUGUAGUAAUUUAGUGUUUUGAUGUUGAUAUUUUUCAGUUGUUUUAGCCAGAACUAUAAAAAAAGAAACAUGUUGAAAUGAAUUGCGGCUGAGACUGCCACACCCCUUUUUUACUGUCCCCUCACACUCAAACACACCCUGAAUUUUGAAAUCUUGAGACAAAAAUAUUAAAUGCACACCUGUGGCUAAAUAUAUUGGAAUUCACCAAAAUAUAAACUCAUGAAAUCAAAGAUUCUCCCUUUAAAGAAGACAAAACAUAUCUCUGUCAGUGGUUAAACUUUGCAGCACUGUUUUUUCCACUAGUGUUGUAGAAACUUUGAGUGAGUGACCAGCAGAGGGUUGAGGCUGUCCCGUCUCUGCUACGCUGCUCCAUAGUAACUCAUGCUGUAGCUGGUGGUCACCUUAAAGCUGAAACCACGAUGAUGCUUCAAAUCAUUGCAUAUCAUGUCUUUGUAUGUAUACUGACACAGCAUAUUUUAAAAAAAAAACAAACAACGCUGUGAAUCAUACGUGAGACUCACCCUACUGUAUCAACUGCCCAUGCUACUUUGAGUGUUGUGACAUAUCUGACAUGCCAUAAAAAUUGUGCCCUUCCUCACCCCCUACACGCACACUUUUUUGCACCAUGACAACAACGCGUUGUAAAACCAGUACUGAAACUAUGUGAUGUUUUUUAUGGCUCUAAGUAGUUCUGUCUGUGCUGUGGGCUCUGGCCCAGUUGUCUGUUGAUGCCACCAAUCUGACAAAAUGCUUUCUUUCGUUGUGUGUGUGUAAAUUUCCACACAGUCAUGGGAAUGUUUAGAGCAGCAAGAUGCAGUUAAACUUAACAGGUUUUCUGAAAGAAUGGAAACUGAUCUGAGGGAACAGCCAGUCGCAUUGGAUGAUUUUGCCAAAGUAUUUAAACAGUUGGAUCAACUUCAGAUUUGCAUUUUCGAUUCUUAUGAAGCCAAAGUAGACCUUCACAGCAGACAUUUUGACAUGUUGUAGCAGUAAAAGCACAGGUGGCCGCAACCCAUUCAGUUUUGCCAGUUCCAGGGUCCUGGUGGUUCUUUCUGGAACAGACGCAUCAUUCAUGUUACAGCUGUGCUUUUCCUGCUAUGACAAGUCAAAAUCUGUCUAUUCUGAAUCUACUCCAUCUUAAUAGGCAGCUGGUGCAGUGAGCCCACUCAUACCUUAAAAUGAGGUAGAAUCUAUUCAUGGACACUCCUCACACGUCACAAGUUAGUGGUGAGCUGGUCCACCUGUAAGUGUUUUCAAUUUAAACUACAUAAGAUUCUGAAGUAUUUCACUGCUAUAAAUUCAGUGGUAUUUACAUUUCAACAUUAACAUUCUGCAGCAAUUGUCACAAUUAAGUAUUAAUUUGCUAAUAAAAUAAAAACUGUACGGCCUGUCUUUGCUUCCAUAGCAGUACUAAAGAGUGGCCUCCCUGCUUCAGCUGAAGUGUCAUUAGGAUUCAUUGUAAUGUAAUAGCAUUUUUACAUGACAUAAUUUUUAUAUUGUGUAUAUUUUCACAGUUGUGUAUAUAGGAUACGACCAAAUAUAAACUUUACAAAGAAUAAUUUUGGGCUAAGCGCACCAACUACCUACAAGAAGUAGCUUGCUGUCUGUCAUUUUGCUUCAUCUUAAUUUUAAAAUUUGUUUUAAAAUAUCAAAAUACUUUGGCAAAUGUCCAAUGUUAGAUUAAAACAGUACCUGGCUGAACUGAGGGGAAGAAAAGAUCCUUGAAAUGCUUAAAACAAUUGUUGAAAAUGGAUAUUUAAGAACCACAAUAUUAAACAGCAAGACUAUAUAUGCAGUUUUACAAAUGGAAGAAAUAUGCAUGUCUACUUUCUGGUAAUUUUUCACUGUUUACUUGAUAAAGAAAUGAAAUUCUAUGUUAAUUGCAUCCUUGAGGUUAUGAAAUGGCUCAGUCUGAGAUAUCGAAAUCAAUUGAUGUUAUCUCACAUUAAAAUGCAUAAAAGAUUAGCAAAAACCUUAGCUUGUAUGUAAGUAAAGUUAUUGCAGUGUAACCUUAUACUAAAAAGGGGCUACAUGUGUCUAUACUCUGAGUUUCAAUUGGAUGCUGGAUUUUUUGCAUGACCAUACAGUUAAUAAACAUUCAUUAAAACUA